AUGUCGAUCAAGCGUCUCCACCGCGUCACGGCAGACAGACGCCGCAACAGAGACAUCCGCCAAGCCCCAUCAGGUGAACAGCAGCAGCAGCAACAGCAGCAAUAUCAACAGCCCUCGCCGCGUAGUCGCGAGCUGCCGGCCCUGCCCCCGGCGUCGGCCACGGAGGCAUCGCCCAUCCAACGGCCUCCUCCCGUCGCCGAUAUCCCGCCCCGGUCAGACACCGCCUUCUCACAAGCACAUACGCUUGUAAGGAAUAAUAGUACGCGGUCCAGAAGCUCGAUAGCAAAGCUACCGUUCCCGGAGGAGCCGUCGUCGUCUUCGCAAGAGCAACCUGCUCUGCGAUCUAUCUUCCCUCAGUACAACCCGGAAAGGCCUCUCAACCAGCAAGACUACUUCCCCACGCAAACAAGCCCAACUCAUAUUCCACGGGCCGUGAUUAAUCGGACAACAUGGUAUCCAAACCCUCAGGAAGCGGAAAGCCAAAAUGACCAGCACAGGAGUCCUCCCAUGAGGAGUCCCCUGAGUGGAGGCUCAGCGCAAAGAUGGCCAAGGAGACAGAUCGAGCCUCCCAUCAUCCCGAGUGUAUCAUCGAAUGAGCACAUGAAGAGCCUGUGGAAGGUCUCCAACGGCUGGAAAGCACCCCCUUCAGAAGGCAGAGUGUACUGCAUGAAGCUAUCCCAGGAGAAGGAUGCACCAGUGUACACACUCUCCUCAACAUCACAGCCCUUCUACAACAUCCGGCUCGAUCCCACGUCCGCAUCAGCAUACGUCACCCUCAGCCGUCACGACCCCGCCAAGGUCUACAAGGCCCCGAACCCAAUGGCAAGUUCGUCAGCGAGCAGCAUCCUCUCCGGUGUCGUCGGUCACAAGGACAACAGCAACAACGGCAAAGGCGCCGAGAGCAAGCACUGGCAGGAAGUCCUCACCACCACCCUGGAGGAGGAAUCCCGCAAGCACCCGCCCAACGACGGCCUCGUGGCCCUCCUGUACCCGCUGGCGGCCGCCAAGAUGGCCCUCGACAAGCCGGGCGACAUGAACGCCAUCAUGACGGCUGAGACGGAGUGCGCCCGCCUCGUCUGGGACGAGGACUCCCGCUCGCACUUCCUCGUCCACCCGGCCCUCGCCACCCCCUUCUGCGUCACCAUUGAGCGCUCGCCCGCCUGGAGCCGGGUCGAGUACACGCUCGAGCACCACGAGUCGCCGCAGCACCUCGCCAAGCUGACGCGCGACGGCACGGGCGGCGGCUACCUCGAGGUCGACACGGCCAUCGCCGCAAAGAUUGACAGCUUCUUCAUCGUCGACGUCGCCGUGGCGGCACUCAUGCUCGUUGCGGCGGCGGACGAGAAGAACACAAAGGUCGAGACCUUUGAGCCGCCCCCGGCGCCGCAUGAUCCUGUCGGUAGCAGCGGCCGCGAUAGCCGGUUGAGCAAGAGGGAGGAGAAGAAGAGGGCCGCCGCCGCGGCGCGCAGGGGUAAGAUGGAGGAGUUUGAGAUUGACGUCGAGAGCCAGGACAGCAGCUUUGCGAAGCUGGAGCAGGUUGGCAAGGAGACGCGCGACAGGCUGCCUUGGCCUUUAAGAGCGCUCUUCAAAGUCGUGGCUGGGUUGUUCAAGUGUCUUGUCUGGCUGCUGACGAUUGGCUUCAAGGCCCUUGCUGCCAUUGUCAAGGGGCUUGCCAGGUGCGUCGGUGUCAAGUCCAAGUGA